AUGGCCAACACACCCCACGGCGGCGUCCUCAAGGACCUCAUCGCCCGCGAUGCCCCCAGACACGCCGAGCUCUCGGCCGAGGCCGAGACGCUCCCCGCGCUGCUGCUGAGCGAGAGGCAGUUGUGCGAUUUGGAGUUGAUCUUGACGGGUGGUUUCUCUCCUCUUGAGGGUACGUUAUGUUCACUUUUCAGCACUCAAUGGCUUGCCAAAAAAUAUGGUGGUGAUGGCUUCAUGACCGAGAAAGACUACAAUGGCGUCGUAAAAGACAACCGUCUGGCCGACGGCGCGCUGUUCUCCAUGCCGAUCACUCUUGAUGUUGACCAAGCGACGAUUGACGAGGUCAAGAUUGCGCCCGGGGCGCGGAUCACGCUGCGGGAUUUCAGAGAUGAUAGGAACUUGGCCAUCUUGACGGUGGAGGAUGCUAAGGAGGUUUUCGGCGGUGAUGAGGAGCAUCCUGCUAUUCAGUACCUUUACAACACCGCCAAGGAGUUUUAUGUCGGUGGAAAGCUUGAGGCUAUCAACAAGCUGCAGCAUUAUGACUUUGUCGAGUUGAGAUACACUCCUGCUGAGCUCCGCGCUCACUUCGACAAGCUCGGCUGGGCCAAGGUUGUCGCUUUCCAGACCCGUAACCCGAUGCACCGCGCCCACAGGGAACUCACCGUCCGCGCCGCCCGCUCUCACCACGCCAACGUCCUCAUCCACCCCGUCGUCGGCCUCACCAAGCCCGGCGACAUCGACCACUUCACCCGUGUCCGUGUCUACAAGGCCCUCCUCCCCAGAUACCCCAACGGCAUGGCCGUCCUCGGCCUCCUCCCCCUCGCCAUGCGCAUGGGCGGCCCCCGCGAGGCCAUCUGGCACGCCAUCAUCCGCAAGAACCACGGCGCCACGCACUUCAUCGUCGGCCGUGACCACGCCGGCCCCGGCAAGAACUCCAAGGGGGUCGACUUCUACGGCCCCUACGACGCCCAGUACGCCGUCGAAAAGUACCGCGACGAGCUCGGCAUCGAGGUCGUCCCCUUCCAGAUGAUGACCUACCUCCCCGACAGCGACGAGUACGCCCCCGUCGACCAGAUCUCCAAGGGCGUCCGCACCCUCAACAUCUCCGGCACCGAGCUCCGCUCCAGACUCCGCAGUGGAAGGGAAAUCCCCGAGUGGUUCUCGUACCCCGAGGUCGUCAAGGUCCUCAGGGAGUCGCACCCUCCCCGUUCCCAGCAGGGUUUCACGGUCUUCCUUACCGGCUACCAAAACUCGGGCAAGGACCAGAUUGCCCGCGCGCUGCAGGUGACUCUCAACCAGCAGGGUGGGCGGUCUGUCUCCCUUCUCCUCGGCGAAACCGUCCGCUCCGAGCUCUCUUCCGAGCUCGGCUUCAGCAGGGAAGACCGCGACAAGAACAUUGCCCGCAUUGCCUUUGUCGCCUCCGAACUUACCAGGUCAGGCGCGGCCGUCAUUGCUGCCCCCAUCGCCCCCUUCGAGCAGGCUCGCAAGCACGCCCGGGAGCUGGUGGAGAAGUAUGGUGACUUCUACCUCGUGCACGUCGCCACUCCGCUCGAGUACUGCGAGAAGACGGACAAGAGGGGGAUCUACGCCAAGGCGAGGGCGGGCGAGAUCAAGGGUUUCACUGGCGUGGAUGACCCCUAUGAGGCGCCCGAGAAGGCGGACUUGGUGGUUGAUUUGCAGAAGCAGAGCGUUAGGGGGAUUGUGCACCAGAUUAUUUUGCAACUGGAGGGCGCUGGGUUGUUGGAUAGGUUUUAA